AGAGGACGUGCGGUGCUGCGGGAGGCGACGGCGGUGGCGGCGCGGGACCUGGAGCGGCCGGCGGGAGCCGGGAAGCAGGACGCAGGCGCGGGCGAGGAAGCGGAGUUGCGGGCAGAGGCUCCAUGUUGGGAAGCGGCGCCGCUCGUCCUCGUUAGCGGGAAUCUGGGCGCCGCGGGCAGAGCCGGCGGGGGCCGGGCCCUGAGUGAAGAUGGAGGCCCCUCUGCGGCCUGGGGCCGACAUCCUGAGGCGGAACCCGCAGCAGGACUACGAGCUCGUUCAGAGGGUCGGCAGCGGCACCUACGGGGACGUCUAUAAGGCCAGAAAUAUACAUACGGGAGAGUUGGCUGCAGUAAAAAUUAUCAAAUUGGAGCCUGGAGAUGAUUUUUCUUUGAUUCAGCAAGAGAUAUUUAUGGUUAAAGAAUGUAAACACUGCAACAUUGUUGCCUACUUUGGGAGCUAUCUCAGUCGGGAAAAACUGUGGAUUUGUAUGGAAUAUUGCGGUGGAGGAUCACUUCAAGAUAUUUACCAUGUUACUGGACCGUUAUCAGAACUGCAAAUAGCCUAUGUAUGCAGAGAAACUUUACAGGGUCUUGCCUAUUUGCAUACUAAAGGCAAAAUGCAUAGAGAUAUCAAAGGUGCAAAUAUUUUAUUGACAGAUCAUGGUGAUGUAAAAUUAGCUGACUUUGGUGUAGCUGCAAAAAUAACAGCUACUAUUGCAAAGAGAAAAUCUUUCAUUGGCACCCCUUAUUGGAUGGCCCCAGAAGUUGCAGCAGUAGAAAAGAAUGGUGGCUACAACCAACUCUGUGAUAUCUGGGCAGUAGGAAUAACAGCAAUUGAACUUGGAGAACUUCAACCACCUAUGUUUGACCUUCAUCCCAUGAGGGCCCUCUUCUUAAUGUCAAAAAGCAAUUUUCAACCUCCAAAACUAAAGGACAAAACAAAAUGGUCAUCAACAUUCCAUAAUUUUGUCAAAAUAGCACUAACCAAAAACCCCAAAAAAAGACCAACCGCUGAAAGACUUCUGACUCAUACAUUUGUAGGGCAGCCAGGUCUCUCUAGGGCCCUGGCAGUUGAACUGUUGGACAAAGUGAAUAAUCCAGACAACCAUGCCCAUUACACCGAAGGAGACGAUGAUGACUUUGAGCCCCAUGCAGUCAUUCGUCAUACCAUUAGAUCUACAAACAGGAAUGCCAGAGCUGAACGGACAGCUUCAGAAAUCAAUUUUGACAAAUUACAGUUUGAACCUCCUUUGAGAAAAGAAACAGAAGCACGGGAUGAAAUGGGAGUAUCAUCAGACCCGAAUUUUCUGUUACGGUGGAAUCCUUUUGUUGAUGGUGCAAAUACUGGCAAAUCAACCUCAAAACGUGCAAUACCACCUCCCCUACCUCCUAAGCCAAGGAUAAACAGUUACCCUGAAGACAACCUCCCAGAUGAAGAAAAGUCAUCAACUGUAAAACGUUGUCCUGAUUCAGAGAACAGAGCUCCCCAAGUUCUCAGAAGACAGAGUAGCCCCAGUUGUGGUCCUGUAGCCGAGACUUCCUCUAUUGGUAUGGCUAGCAGUAUCAGCAGCCCUGGAGUGCAUACAGCUAGAUACUGUGAUCUCGGAAAUGGAGAUGGUAUUUCAAAAUUGAUUAGUGAAAACACAGAAGGAUCAGCUCAAGCACCACAGUUACCACGAAAAAAGGACAAGCGGGAUUUCCCUAAACCAGUAAUCAAUGGCCUUCCACCAACCCCAAAAGUACUGAUGGGAGCAUGUUUUUCCAAAGUUUUUGAUGGCUGCCCUUUGAAAAUUAAUUGUGCAACAUCUUGGAUACAUCCUGAUACAAAAGAUCAGUACAUUAUUUUCGGAACUGAAGAUGGUAUUUAUACAUUGAAUCUCAAUGAACUACAUGAGGCAACGAUGGAACAGUUAUUUCCACGGAAGUGUACUUGGCUCUAUGUUAUCAACAAUACUUUAAUGUCAUUGUCAGAAGGAAAAACCUUUCAACUCUACUCUCAUAAUCUUAUUGCUUUGUUUGAACAAGCCAAAAAACCAGGACUAGCUGCCCAUAUUCAGACUCAUAGGUUUCCAGAUCGCAUACUACCAAGAAAGUUCGCUUUAACCACAAAGAUUCCUGAUACAAAGGGCUGCCACAAAUGUUGCAUAGUCAGAAACCCUUACACGGGACAUAAAUACCUCUGCGGAGCUUUACAGUCUGGAAUUGUUUUACUUCAGUGGUAUGAGCCAAUGCAGAAAUUCAUGUUGAUAAAGCACUUUGAUUUUCCUUUGCCAAGUCCUUUGAAUGUUUUUGAAAUGCUGGUAAUACCAGAACAGGAAUAUCCUAUGGUCUGUGUAGCUAUUAGCAAAGGCACCGAAUUAAAUCAGGUAGUUCAGUUUGAGACAAUCAAUUUGAACUCUGCAUCCUCGUGGUUUACAGAAAUUGGUGCUGGCAACCAACAGUUAGAUUCCAUUCACGUAACACAGUUGGAGAGAGAUACUGUUUUAGUGUGUUUGGACAAAUUUGUAAAAAUUGUAAAUCUACAAGGAAAACUAAAAUCAAGUAAGAAACUGGCCUCUGAGCUAAGUUUUGAUUUUCGCAUUGAAUCUGUAGUAUGCCUUCAAGACAGUGUAUUGGCUUUUUGGAAACAUGGGAUGCAGGGUAAAAGCUUCAAAUCAGAUGAGGUUACCCAGGAGAUUUCAGAUGAAACAAGAGUUUUCCGCUUAUUAGGAUCAGACAGGGUUGUUGUUUUGGAAAGUAGACCAACAGAAAAUCCUACUGCACACAGCAAUCUUUACAUCUUGGCUGGACAUGAAAAUAGUUACUAA